AUGACGAUGAGAAUCGGCGCCUGGGAGUUCACAAUUUGCCACGUGGCACUUGUGGCUGGCAUCUUUGCGAUUUCGUUGGUAAGUUGGUGAUUGCCUUUGAAAAUGCUCCAAAUGGCCCCGUAUUCAGAUGACGACGUUCGUGCUCAAGUGCAUUUCGAUGGGCGUGUUCACGAUUCGGCCGACGAGUCCGACACUCUUCCACCGCAAAGAGCCGACAAAGUUCCGUCAAUUCGAGCGAAUCGCCGGCCUCUCCUCGAUCCGUCACCCCAAUUUCACCGUCUUCUGCUCGCCGGCCAAUUGUGAAUCUGUGCCCGGCUCCUCCGUCCGCCACCAGGACCGUCGGGCCGUCGAAUCGGUGCUCCGACACUUGCUCAAUGAGCCCGUCGUGCUGCCCGACACCGCCGUCGCCGUCAGCAUCCCGGCGCUUUUCUCGACGUGCGGCCGCGAGUUCCACCAGUUCCACUGCAAACCGCCCGUUCCCGAGUGGACGUCCGCCACGAUCACCUCCGAGAAUCGGUACUCGUUCCGAAUGUUCGCCGGCCAGAUCCAGGCCACGUACCACAACGACCGGAGGUCUCACUUUCUGGCCGGAAUCUGCGUCUACCUACGGAUCCCCGGCGCUCCGUGGCAUUUCCGCGGCCUCUCCGCUCCCUUCAUAAUAGAGUUGCUACGCGGCGGAAGUGUGCGGAAGAUGGCGCCGAUGCGCGCGAGCCGAAUGAACUGCGGCGGACCUCCCGCCACCCAUUUCAUUGUCGAUUUGUCGGAUUCCGAUUCCGCGCAAGAAGACGAUCCACCGCCUCCGCCCUACUUUACUCUAAUCGAUAAUGAUCCACCUCCUCCCAACUAUUUCUCGCUUUUCACCUCAACAUUUCGAUAG